CUCAGACAGCCUUCCACCACCUCGCGACUCGCACACACGCCCACACACUCGUUCCCGCGCUCACCUCCCACGCCCGCCACCCAGCCGGACCCGAGCCACGCCACGCACGCCACCCCGCGCCCACCAGAAGCGACGAGGGGCGGCUGGAAACACACACACACACACACACACACACGCACACCCCUCCGUCAGCCACUCCCAUCGUCGCCACCAACUCGUCCUUCCUCUCGUCCGUCCACUAAAGAUACUUCGACCUCGCUGGUGACUCCUGCUGCUGGGUCGUACGAGGGAGUGAAAUCCUGUAUACCUGGACGUUGAUUCCUGAGCUUAUAAGACAUUCAAACCCUGUGGCAAGACUCCUGAACGUCCUUAUUCACUUGUGUUUGUCCUGAAGAGCGUGGAAGUCGUCCUACGCGUCGUCCCCCUCCUGCACCUUCGCCUAGACUCCCGUGUUCGGUGUGUGGCAGAGGCUCCAGCCGGUUUUUAAAGGAGCACUGCCGAACGUGACGCCGCCUCGCCGCCUCAAGGUCGCGUGGCCCCGUCCCGUCACCACCUCCGUCACGGCCUUCGCCCUCCCCGCCCUCCGCCUCCUCAGUCCACUUCAAGAAACAAGUAGCGGAAGAGCUCUCCAUUAGCAGCAGCGGCGGCGGUAGUGGUGGUGUCUGCGCGUGUGCCGUAGCUUAGUGGUGGUGGUGGAGGCUGUACAGGUGUGUGGUGGUGGUGGUGGCGGCCAGGUGUGUGCGUGGAGGUGGUGGUGAGGCCCUGAGAGAGUGGUAGCAGUAGUGGUGGCGGCGAUGGCAGCGUACGCCACUUACCGGCACGUGGAGCUGGACCGUGUGGGCGUGGGGAAGAAAAGGGUGCUGAAACCACCUGGCGGGGGAUCAUCCAUCGUCUUCGAGGAGGACGAGAGCACGAAACCUGUGAAGAGCCGGCCUCAGCAGCAGGAACAGCAGUCUCCCCCGCCCCAGGCCUCGCCCGAACCCCCGAUGGAACCUCCGAAGGAGGCCCCACCAGCCGAGAAGCAGCCGGAACAGCCCUUCCCUAAGCCUGAAAUCAAUGGUAUGAGUACCCCAGACUGUAUCAAAGAGGAUGCUGCUUCCACCACGGUCAGUAACCCCACCCCCGCCGCCGCCACCACCAACGGUGAGCGCUCUCCUGCCCUCAACGGGCCAUCUGCUGUGAACGGGUCGAGUACUACCAAUGGGUGUAUGAGCAGCGGCACAAGCAGUAGCAUGUCCAUGCACUCUGGCGGCACCCCGAAGCACCUCAACACACAGACCCGCAUCUUCGGGGCCGAGCAGGGCGGCCUGACACCGCGACGUCGCCUGCGGGACCACGAGCGCAGCAACAUCUUCGCCGGCGACGAUGCCGCCUCCAACGGCACCCACCGACCAGUCUUUCGGCGGCCAAGGAAUCGGCGGGACCCAGUGACGGGGGUGGGGGUACUCUGCUGGGACCUCCAUGCCCCCCGCUGUGCACCCAGCAAGUGGAAAGCUGAUCUGAAUGGCAGUCCACGCAACAGUGAGAGCACCCCCGAGCCCAAGACCCCUGAGUCGGUGCAGCAAGCCCCAAGGCAGCGCGUUCCCCCUGGUGGCUUCUCCACUAAGCUGUGGUAGUCCUCCUCAUAUGAACCCCUCCAUCUACUUGUUCUCUUUUGCCUUUGUUUUGCUCCUCUUCCUGCCUGUUCCUCCACAUCCACUUCUCUAAUUGUAUUCAUACUUCAAUUUCCUGUUUCUGCAAUCCUGCAGCACUUCCACUAACCCUCUGUCUCUUUAUCUCGGUAUCAAUCACAGCAAUGAAGCCACGCAGCACUUAGUGGAGUGCUUAACAUGUGACAGCCACAAAGAGAAAAUCCAUCAAAAAGUCUGUAUUGUCAGUGUUCUUUUAUAUCGAUGUCCUGUAAGUGUUUGUCCACGUCCAAACACACCCACACACAUGGUUCUUUCUAAAGUUUUUAUUCUUCUUUCUUCUCUCUUCAUAUUGUUUAGUGGUAUGAGAUGGAAGAUCUUGAAUACUAUGAAUUUGUUUUGGAAGUUUUCUUACAUUGUGGUUUUAGUGUCAUGUGAUUGUGCAAGAAAAGUUGAGGGGAUUUACUUUACUGCCAUAACCUUUCUAUGACACUUACUCCAGAUAUUUUGCAGUGCCACUUCUGUGCUGUCUAUCAAUCAAUUUCUUGCUGUGAAUCACCAUGAUGUAUACUGCUAUCAUUUUUUAGAGACUUAACUAUUAGCUUCCCCCGAACUGAGCAGUACCCUAGCCAUGUAUACCGUAACUGCUUAGUCUCGUUAGUAUCUGGGUCAGCAGACAGCCAACCAGUAAGUCCCAGGGUGUGUUGUGAACAUGUUGGUCUGUUUUUACCCUUAAAUCCCAUCCAACAAGCAAGGCCACAUCUAAGUACCCCACAGAAAGCACACCAUUGGAGGGUCGACCCACAGCACUCUCUCCUGAGCGAUGAGGGUCCGAAUGGGGGCCACACUUAAUGUCCAUUUAAGUUAGCUUUCAGUUGUGUCAAGAAGGUAUUAGUAUCCUGUUUAGCCAUAUUAAGAUUGCUCAACUAAGUCUUGCUUUUGUUUCUUCCUUCCUUCGAGCCAGGUUAACCAAGGUCAGGGCCGGGUAGAGUAUAAGGACAUAAAUUCUCACUCACUCAUGCACCAAAAAGGAAGUAGUAACUCAUAAUCCAUUCCAUGUUAUUGUUUAAGCUCCCUUCACCCCUCUCCUUAAUCCUCUCAGAGACACGUGGCCAAAUAAAAAUGAAAAUUCUCGGCAAAGCAAAUGAAGGUGCCUGGUAGUCCAUCCACAUAUCAUUAGUGUCACCAGGAAGACUCUGAAGGAAACCAGAAAGUGUUCAGAGUCGCCUGCCCAACCCUAACACCACCCUAUCACCCCUACUCCUGGCUGGCCAUGUUUGCCAGCCAGGUGUGUGUAGUUUUUGUUUCAGGUGGGCACUGUUUUGCAUCACUUUGUUUUCCUUGAUGGUCUGGACAACAUUCCAGCGACUGUGAUAAUUCUUGUGUUAAAUAAGGAAGAGGGAGUGUGGCCGCAUGAAAGAUGGUUUAGUCAAGGUAUAUUAUAUAUAUAAGCACUGUUUGGAAAGUCCUACUACUGCUUGCUUAGAACUGGCCCUGUCUGGCUCUAUAGUAAAGCCUCUUUGUAUUAGUUUUAAUAAAUUAAUCAUCUGUA